GCGGAGGAGCCCGGGCCAGGAGCUGCCCAGGCCCCUGCAGCGCAGGGGGAGGAGAGGCCUCAGGGUCCGGCGGCUCCCACCACGGCAGCCGACACGAUGCCUGGAGACCUUGAUGCGGUGGAGGGUCCCUACCUGCCUGCGGAUGCUCUAGGGUCUCCAGAGACGCCCGAGGGCGAUGGCGGGGACAAAACAUUGCCAGAGCCCCCCAGCUCCACAGAGACCCCCCAGCCGGCUCCAGGCGAGAGCCCUGCUGAGAAGCCCCCUGAAGAGGAGGGGACAGCCGGACCCUCGUCCCCCGAGCUGGAGCCCCCGCCCAGCCCCUACCUCACGCCGGACUUCGGGAAAGAGGACCCCUUCUCCAUCCUGGAUGACAUGCCCCCGCCGCCAGCCCCCUUCACCCACCGCAUCGUCACGCUGAAGUCGGCCAACCCCAGCACCUUGUUCAGCAUCAAUACCAAGGACAUCCUGGGGGGAGGGAAGUUCGGGGAAGUUCGCACCUGCACGGAGAAGCAGACGGGGCUCAAGCUGGCUGCCAAGAUCAUCCGGAAACAGGGCCCCAAGGACAAGGAGAUGGCUCUGGUCGAGAUCGACGUCAUGAACCAGCUGAACCACCAGAACCUGAUCCAGCUCUAUGACGCCAUCGAGACGCCGCGGGAGAUCAUGCUCUUCAUGGAGUUCGUGGAGGGCGGGGAGCUGUUCGAGCGCAUCAUCGACGAAGACUACCACCUGACCGAGGUGGACUGCAUGGUGUUCGUGCGGCAGAUCUGCGACGGCAUCACCUUCAUGCACCACAUGCGCGUCCUGCACCUGGACCUCAAGCCGGAGAACAUCCUGUGCGUGGCGGCCACUGGACACAUGGUGAAGAUCAUCGACUUCGGCCUGGCCCGCAGGUACAACCCCCGGGAGAAGCUGAAGGUGAACUUUGGGACGCCUGAGUUCCUGUCCCCCGAGGUGGUCAGCUACGAGCAGGUCUCCUACUCCACGGACAUGUGGAGCAUGGGUGUCAUCACCUACAUGCUGCUCAGCGGCCUCUCCCCCUUCAUGGGGGACAACGACACGGAGACCCUCAACAACGUGCUGGCAGCCGACUGGUACUUCGACGAGGAGACCUUCGAGGGCAUCUCGGAGGAGGCCAAGGACUUCGUCUCCAAUCUCAUCAUCAAGGAGAAGAGCGGCCGGUUGAGUGCGGCUCAGUGCCUGAAACACCCCUGGCUCAACAACCUGGGCGAGAAGGCCAAGCGCAGCAACCGGCGCCUCAAGUCCCAGGUCCUGCUCCGGAAAUAUGUCAUGCGGAGGCGCUGGAAGAAAAACUUCAUCGGCGUGUGCGCUGCCAACCGGUUCAAGAAGAUCAGCAGCUCGGGGUCCCUGACGGCGCUGGGGGUCUGAGCGCGGGGCCGGACUGGCGGCAAGGGCCGCGGGGCAGCCGCCCGCCGCCUGAACUGUGCAUUGCCAAGCCCGGUCCUGGCUUCGGGGUGGCGGCGGUGGGGCCGCUGGAGACGCGGGAGCUGCGAGCCCUGGAGAGAGGCGGGAUGUGCCCGUGCUGGCCCCUGCACGUAUCAGGCCUCUGCUGCUGUGAGUGCCGCUGCGGCCCCGUUUCUCCGGCCCCCGGGAGACGACUGCACCGGCGAGGCUGCUGCUUGGGAUCCCUUCAGCCGGCACCGCUGGAGUCCUCCUCGCCUGGGAAGUUUCCUUCCUGCUGCCCUUAGCUCCUGGCCCCUGAGGCUGCAGCUGCCCUGGCUCCUGUGGCGUGGAGGUCUCUGGGCUGGAGCUGCAAGCUCUCAGUGCUGGAUCCCAGUGCUUCGCCUGCUUUGAGCCCCACCGGCUGCUAGACGCCGGCCCCUGGCCCCCGGCUGCAACCCCAAGCAGGGGUCUGGACUUGCUGAGCUGAAUCCUCCGUGCUAUGAGAUGUCUGCUCCUGCUGCAGAGAGCGGGGGGCCUGCUCGGGGUCCCCCCCUCCUCUCCUCUCCUCUCCUCUCCUCGCGACGGCUCCUGCUCUGGCCCCACCGGCUCAGCAGCGUGGAGAGGGAGAGGCAAAGCCCCGCUGCACCCACCGCACGCCCUCUGCUACCUUGGCACCACGGUCCCUGCUCCGGCCCCGCUCCCAGGAUGAAUGUCUGCUACGUCUGGAUUCAGAGUCCUGGGGGGCACCCCCCAGAAGCGGGGAGAAGGCAGGUGUUGGGGCAGGGGCCAGCUCAGCCCCUGGCCUCUCCCCUCCUGGAGACCGGAGCCGCAGUUCCUGCGAGCGAGCGCGUGCGGGGAGGGCAGGAAGGAAGGGAGGGAGUGGCGAGCGUGGACUCCAGGAGCAUCCCCAGAUGGAGGCCGGGUGAGAAUGAAGGAGGCUUUGUGCUCGCACCGCACCCCGCUGCCCUCGGGCGCUGCCAGCGGGGGCAAGGAACACAACCUUCCCUUCACGCGUUCCCCGAAGCGCCCGGGCGGCCUAAUGUGGACCAGCUGGGCGGCCACUCCCCAGCGCACAUGUGAGAGCUUCGCUCUGGUCCUGACCACCAACGCACCGGAUCCACCGGCACCGCCCGCGCUCCCCGGGACCCGGCGGGAGGGAGCUGGGCCUCAGCCGGACGGGCCCUCCGCCUCUCGGGCUGGCGCGGCUCCAGGGGGGACCUGUCCUCCAGGCAUGCAGAGCGGGGACGUGGGCGUGGGGAGGAGGAAGAUGCUCGGGGACACCCCGGGCGAGCCCCUGCCUUCCUGCACACGCCCCUGGCUCUGCUUGUUACCCCAGGGCAUGUCCCCCACUGAGCCCGUCCCAGCCUGGCCUGGCACCCGGGCUGCUGGCAGAGCCCGUGCGGCUUCAUCGAUGACGGGGAACCGUGCCCGCUCGCCCCAGCCCCCUUGCCCCCCUGCAAUGCUGCCCUGCCCUCGGCCUGAGUGGGGCACGAGUCCCGUGUGUGCACCCCUGCCCCCAGCACCCCCCUGCAGCACAGCAUGGCCCUGCUCCUUCUCCGGAGAGGCGCCCCCGCGCUCUCAGCUUCAUGUAAAUAAAU